AUGGCGGGUGGCACCGGCAGGCGGGACCCGCUCCUCGCCUCCGAGAUCCACGGCUUCCUCACCUGCGCAGACUUGAACUUUGAUAAGCUGAUGAUGGAGGCGGGAACACGCUGGUUCCGGCCGAAUGAGAUCUAUGCGGUGCUGGCGAACCAUGCAAGGUUCAAGGUCCAUGCACAACCCAUCGACAAACCCAUUAGUGGUACUGUUGUUCUAUAUGAUCGUAAAGUUGUCCGGAACUUCCGUAAAGAUGGCCAUAACUGGAAGAAAAAGAAAGAUGGCAAGACUGUCCAAGAAGCCCAUGAAAAACUAAAGAUUGGUAAUGAAGAAAAGGUUCAUGUGUAUUAUGCUCGAGGAGAGGAUGAUCCAAAUUUCUUUCGCCGAUGCUACUGGCUGCUUGACAAAAUUGAUAUUUCAGUUUGGUGCUUCCAUGCUUCUUGCCCACAUGCAGAAGUGAAUUGGCACAUCCUUACAUCCACAAGGACCUGCAAUGAUUCAGCCUCUGCUCAUACUGAGCUAUCUUCUGCUGCUGCUGAUAUCAACUCAAAUGGUGGUGGGGCGAUUUCUAGUGAAACCGACGAUCAUGGUUCUAGCCUGGAAUCAUUUUGGGCAGAUCUAUUGGAGUCAUCAAUGAAAAAUGAUACUCCUGUUGGUGCUUCUUCUUGUGGUGGAUCUUUGGCAUCCAAUCAGCAGACUAAUAAUGGGACGAGAGAUUCUGGAAAUAAUAUCUUGCAUGCCAAUGCCACAGGCAAUGCUAUCUUUUCUCCAACAACUAAUGUAGUUUCAGAAGCUUAUGCUAAUCCUGGCCAUAAUCAAGCAUCAGAGAGUUACUUUGGAUCUCUGAAACAUCAAGCAAACAAUUCUCCAUCUCUUUUAACAUCAGAUCUGGAUUCUCAAUCAAAGCAACAUGCAAAUUCUUUGAUGAAAGCUCCAGUGUAUGGUAACAUGCCUAAUGAUGUACCUGCCAGGCAGAACAGUCUUGGGUUGUGGAAAUACUUGGAUGAUGAUAUUAGUUUAGAGAAUAAUCCAAGCUCUGGCAUACUCCCCACUGAACAAGUGACCGACGAAAGACCCUUUCACAUCACUGAGAUAUCCUCAGAAUGGGCUUAUUGUACAGAGGACACAAAGGUCCUUGUGGUUGGAUAUUUCCAUGAGAACUACAAACAUCUGGCUGGGACCAAUCUCUUCUGUGUCAUUGGUGACCAAUGUGUUGUUGCUAACAUUGUUCAAACUGGCGUUUACCGUCUCAUUGUUAGACCACAUGUUCCUGGACAAGUCAAUCUUUAUUUGACUUUGGAUGGGAAAACACCAAUCAGUGAGGUUUUGAGUUUUGACUAUCGUAUGGUGCCUGAAAGUCAAACCUUGGCUGAUGAUGAGCCCCAAAAGUCAAAGCUUCAGAUGCAAAUGAGACUAGCUCGUUUGUUGUUCACUACAAACAAGAAAAAGAUGGCACCCAAGUUGCUUAUAGAAGGCAGCAAAGUUUCCAAUCUCUUAUCAGUAUCUGCAGAGAAGGAAUGGAUGGAUCUGUUGAAAUUUGGUAGUGAUUCUAAAGGCACUUAUGUUCUGGCUAUUGAGGGAUUGCUUGAACUAGUAUUGCGAAAUAGAUUGCAAGAGUGGCUUGUUGAAAAAGUAAUUGAAGGCCAGAAGUCAACUGACUGCGAUGAUCUAGGACAAGGACCUAUCCAUCUGUGUUCUUUCUUGGGCUAUACUUGGGCCAUUCGAUUAUUUUCUUAUUCAGGAUUCUCCUUGGAUUUUCGUGAUUCUUCUGGUUGGACAGCUUUGCACUGGGCUGCAUACUAUGGGAGGGAAAAAAUGGUUGCCGCUCUUUUGUCUGCUGGAGCAAAUCCAAGCUUGGUGACAGAUCCUACUCAUGAUGUCCCUGGUGGAUACACUGCUGCUGAUCUGGCUGCAAAACAAGGUUAUGAGGGCUUAGCUGCAUAUCUUGCUGAGAAAGGGCUGACUGCUCAUUUUGAGGCUAUGUCACUGUCCAAGGAUAAGCGAUCAACAUCAAGGACACAAUCACUAAAACAAAAUACCAUGGAAUUUGAAAACCUUAGUGAACAAGAACUGUGCUUACGAGAAUCUUUAGCAGCCUACCGUAAUGCUGCUGAUGCUGCUAGCAACAUACAAGCCGCGCUCAGGGAGCGAACUCUUAAGCUUCAAACAAAAGCAAUUCAGUUGGCCAAUCCCGAGACUGAAGCCGCUUCAAUAGUUGCUGCUAUGAGGAUUCAGCACGCAUUCCGAAACUACAACAGAAAGAAAAUGAUGCGAGCUGCUGCACGAAUACAGAGUCAUUUCCGAACAUGGCAGAUUAGGAGGAACUUCAUGAACAUGCGUAGACAAGCUAUCAAAAUACAAGCUGCAUACCGAGGUCACCAAGUGAGAAGGCAGUUCCGCAAGGUAUUAUGGUCUGUUGGAAUCAUGGAGAAAGCUAUCUUGCGAUGGAGGAAGAAAAGAAAAGGCCUGCGCGGUAUUGCAACUGGAAUGCCAGUAGAAAUGGCCACAGAUGCAGAAGCAGCAAGCACUGCAGAAGAGGACUACUACCAGGUCGGCCGGCAACAAGCUGAGGACAGGUUUAAUAGAUCAGUGGUACGUGUCCAAGCUUUGUUCCGUUCUCAUCGGGCACAGCAGGAGUACCGGAGGAUGAAGGUUGCUCAUGAGGAGGCCAAGGUGGAGUUCAGUCAAAGUAGUUAA